AUGGAUAAUGUUACAGCAGACUUGGAAGCGAUAAUCGCAGGAAACCGAAGCUCCCUUUUGAUGCCUAGCGAUUCAGAAUCGAGUGCAGAUUAUACCAAAUUGGAACGCCUGUUGGAUCGGAGCAGAAGGCUUUCGGACGAAGUUGAUAAAUUCUUCGACGAUUCGCCGCCUAACUUACAAGGAAAAAACAGAGUAAACAGAAUGCGAGAAAGCUUGGCUUUAUUUAAGCGAUUAAACGAUGACAACAUCGGCAUACAACUUUGGGAGGACGUUACUAUUAACAGCGAUGAAGACUUCGAUGACACAGGCAUUAUCCACGAAGUCACCAAAGUCGUAAACGCGUUUAAAUCCCAAAAAGAAAACAGUUUAAGCUCAGCGAACAAAGAAAAUGCGAUACCAGCAAAAAGGGAUAUUGUCGAAGAGAUAAUGGGCGUUUUGGAAGAGUGGACAAAGGCCUUGGGCUUACCUAAAGCUGUUGAUCGAAUUGCAGCCUUACCUGUUAUAGGAGUUUCGAGCAAGGAUCCCGUGGAAGAAUGUACACAGUUGUUAGAAGAGAUUAAAAUAAGUAUAGAAAAGCCUUUGAUUUUUACUAAAAGACGGCUAUCAGAAAGAGAGGAUCAUGAAGAUUAUGAUUAUAAACCUGUUGUCAGCAAAAAAGAGUGGACGCAUAAUGAGACUUUAGUACUCAACUCUGGCGAGACAUCAGAAUCGGCUGUAAUUAGUAGUGCUAUAGUCAAAGCUCCUUGCAAGAACUCUCAGGAAAUUCCCUGCAAGACACCCCAGGAAAUUCCCUGCAAGACACCCCAGGAAACUCCUUGCAAGCCUCUUCAGGAAAUUCCUUGCAAGAUACCUCAGGAAACUCCGUGCAAGAUACCUCAGGAAACUCCGUGCAAGAACCCUCAGGAAACAUGUUUAGAUUUGAAUGGGGUAAAAGAUGACGUUAAAGCAAUAGAUAAACUAGUAAUGCAGCCAACCCAGGACAUUACGCUAUCCUAUCAAACACCGCAAAGAUGCUUGUUUAAUGAACAUGCAGAAACUCGCGUCGAGGAUGUAUCUAAUGUUGGAACAAGCAGAAGAUGGACGCGACUAAACGACAAAACACUCGAACAAAUGGCUUCAUAUAAAUAUGCUUACAGGACUAGAGCUCAGAAAACAAAAGAUGUUGCUCAAAGCGUCUCCCAACCAGAGCCUACAUAUAACAAUACGAAGAAAUCAUAUACUGUGCGCAUUAAAUCACCUUCGCGAUCGCCAGAAUCCCGGGUACCGACUACAGGUAGGAAGGCAUCGAGGGAGACUGUUGGUGAGAUUUACAAGUUUGGAUCAGCCAAACCGGUUCAGACAGAAAAAGGAACAGCUUCUAAACAUAUGGAAAGACAACCCCUUCAGGCAUGGUCUAAUUCCUUGAAUAAGACCAAUUCACAAGCUACUCCACAACAAAAGAGACUAACUUUAGCCGGACGAAGCACUUUAGCCGGACGAAACACUUUGGCCGGACGAAACACUUUAAACCCUUUGACUACAAAAAUUGACCAGAAUCCUCAAUCUAGACGAUCAACAACGACAACUUUACAACCCAAAUCGAUACUGUCGCUGCGGACACCGGGAACUGGAUUCUCAAAAUGGAGUUCAACAACGAAUCAAUCGGCGACUACCAACGCUCGUUUCACCGCACGUAGGAUAAGAGCACGCAGGACAGGCGUUAUGUCACGAAACGAAUCUCCCGCUAAAUCUACCAGAUCUCGUAAUUUUCCGACAGCAUCAUCGUCAACAGCAGCGCUCGAGACGCCUGCAUCAGUAACGUCUAAUUCAAGGAGUACCGUGAAAAGUUCGCGAUUAACAGCUCGGUUUGGGAAUAGCGCGUGGCGUUGA